AUGGCCACUAACACCACCUCGGGCGCUGUUGACCAGCUCGCCAACGACCUCAACAACACAUCCCUCAAUGGCAGCGGCGAUGUCAAGGCUCCUGCCGUCGACACUGGUGUGAGCGCUGGUGCUGAGGAUGCCUCUGCUCCUACCCCCACUGCCGCCCCCCACCCUCAGAACUCUGCCUCGCUCUACGUCGGAGAGCUCGACCCCUCCGUCACCGAGGCCAUGCUCUUCGAGCUCUUCUCUCAGAUUGGCGCCGUGGCUUCCAUCCGUGUCUGCCGUGACGCUGUCACCCGCCGCUCUCUGGGCUACGCCUACGUCAACUACAACUCUACCCCUGAUGGUGAGAAGGCUCUGGAGGAGCUCAACUACACUCCCAUCAAGGGCCGUCCUUGCCGUAUCAUGUGGUCCCAGCGUGACCCUGCUCUGCGCAAGACCGGCCAGGGCAACGUGUUCAUCAAGAACUUGGACGUUGCUAUUGAUAACAAGGCUCUCCACGAUACCUUUGCUGCCUUUGGCAACAUUCUCAGCUGCAAGGUUGCCCAGGAUGAGACCGGCGCCUCCAAGGGCUAUGGUUUCGUUCACUACGAGACUGACGAGGCUGCUGCUCAGGCUAUCAAGCACGUCAACGGCAUGUUGCUCAACGAGAAGAAGGUUUACGUCGGCUACCACAUCCCCAAGAAGGACCGCCAGAGCAAGUUCGAAGAAAUGAAGGCCAACUUCACCAACGUUUACGUGAAGAACAUCAGCCCCGACGUCACCGACAACGACUUCCGUGAGCUGUUUGAGAAGUACGGUGAUGUCACCUCCUCUUCUCUGGCCCGUGACCAGGAGGGCAAAUCUCGUGGAUUUGGAUUUGUUAACUUCACCACUCACGAAGCUGCUUACAAGGCUGUUGACGAGCUGAACGGAAAUGAUUUCCGUGGCCAGGAGCUCUACGUUGGCCGUGCCCAGAAGAAGCAUGAGCGUGAAGAGGAACUGCGAAAGUCUUAUGAGGCUGCGCGCCUUGAGAAGGCCAGCAAGUACCAGGGUGUCAACCUCUACAUCAAGAACCUCGAUGACGAUGUUGAUGACGAGAAGCUCCGCCAGAUGUUCUCCGAAUUCGGCCCCAUCACCUCUGCCAAGGUCAUGAGAGACAGUCUUCAGGAGGGCGAGGAGGAGGUCAAGGACCAGGAGAAGGACAAGGAGAACAAGAAGGAGCCCGAGAACGAGGCCGAGUCGGCUGAGAACGCCGAGAAGAAGGCUGAGAAGAAGGGCGACAAGAAGCUUGGUAAGAGCAAGGGUUUCGGCUUCGUCUGCUUUAGCAACCCCGACGAUGCCACCAAGGCCGUUGCCGAGAUGAACCAGCGAAUGAUCAACAACAAACCUCUCUACGUUGCUCUUGCCCAGCGCAAGGACGUUCGCAAGAGCCAGCUUGAGGCUAGCAUCCAGGCUCGCAACCAAUUGCGAAUGCAGCAGGCCGCCGCGGCAGCUGGUAUGCCGCAGCAGUUCAUGCAGCCCCCCGUUUUCUAUGCUCCUGGCCAGCAGCCAGGCUUCAUCCCCCAGGGUGGCCGUGGUAUGCCUUUCCCCCAGCCUGGAAUGCCUCUUCCUCAGGGUGGCCGUCCUGGCCAGUUCCCUGGAUACCCUCAGCAGGGUGGCCGUAACGUUCCCCAGGGAAUGCCCCCCAACAUGUACGGUCUCCCCGGUCAGUUCCCUCCUCAGUUUGGCCAGCCUGGAACUCCUCAGUUCAUGGCUGCUAUGCAGCAGGCUCAGCAGGCUGCUCUUUCUGGCGGCCGUGGUGGCGCUCCUCAGGGCGGCCGUGGCAACAUCGCCGGCAUGCCCCCCAACGUUCAGGGUGGAAUGCCCGGCUACCCCCCUAACAACCGCCAGGGUAUGGGACGCAACAACAACGCUGGCCGCAACGGCAACUUCAACAACCAAGCUCCUCGCGACAACGCUGCCAACACCAACACCGCCAAUGCUCCCUCUAUGCUCCAGUCUCAGCUUGCUGCGGCUCAGCCUGCCCAGCAGAAGCAGAUACUUGGUGAACUGAUCUUCCCCAAGAUCCAGGCCAUCAACUCUGAGCUUGCUGGCAAGAUCACCGGUAUGCUGCUGGAGAUGGACAACUCUGAGCUUGUCAACCUUAUUGAGGACGAGGCUGCUUUGAAGGCCAAGGUUGACGAGGCGCUGGCCGUCUACGAUGAGUACGUCAAGUCUCAGGGUCCUGCCCCUGAGAAGAAGGAGGAGGAAACCAAGGCUUAA